CUGUCAACCUUUUUGACAUCUGUCAAAACAAUUUUUGGCACGUGUUGGUAAUAUACGAGUGAAAAUGGGGAUAACAUCGGAAAAACAGGUUGAUUACUUGGUUGUGGACACUUCCGCAUUUAUACAGAACGCUUCUCUUCAGAAUGUGGCUGAAAAUAUAAUAACUUGCCCUGAAGUGGUGAGCGAAAUUACAAACAAGAGACAACUUAGAAGAUUAGUUGUAUUGCCAUAUGAUUUAGUAGUUAAAGAAGUAUUUCCAGAAAGUGUACAUGUUAUAACUGAAUUUGCCAAGAAAACUGGUGACUAUCCCAGCUUAUCAGCCACAGAUAUUAAGGUUAUGGCAUUAACUUAUCAGUUGGAGAAGGAAAAAGUUGGCAUAGAACAUUUAAGAAAAGAACCAGUUAUUCAGAAAAGUGUUAUAACUACAAAUGCUGUACCAGACAUGAAUCCUGAUAUUUCUGGGUUUUUUGCGCCUGGUCAUACAAAAAAGGUUUCAGAAAGUGAUUCUAAGAAUGUUUCAGUUAAGGAAGAAAUUGAAGUUGUUGAAGUAGCAGAAAAUGUUACAGAUAAAGAAUUAGCAGAAAAAUUUAAAACCAUGAAAAUGCCUGAGGCAGCAGAGGGAACAGAAGAGCUAGUAGAUGAUGUUUUAGUAUCUGUGGAAGAUAAUGAAUUUGAGAAUGAGACAUCAAGUGAUUCUGAAGAGGAAGAUGAUGAUGAUGGAGGUUGGAUUACACCAUCAAAUGUCAAAGUAGCCAAAAAACAAGUAAACUCAGAAUUAAUGGAAGAAAAGCAUGUAGCAGUUGCCUGUAUGACCACAGAUUUUGCAAUGCAAAAUGUUUUACGACAAAUUAACCUUAAUGUUUCGGCACUUGAUGGUAGAAUAAUUAAACAACUUAGAACAUUCAUAUUAAGAUGCUAUACAUGCUUUAAAACUACCAGCAUAAUGACCAAACAAUUCUGUCCAAAAUGUGGUAAUAAUACAUUGAAAAAAGUUGCUGUUUCUUUGGAUGAAGAAGGAAAAAUGCAGAUACAUAUUAACACAAAAAAACCACUGACAGCAAGGGGAAAGAAAUAUUCAUUGCCAAGAAUAAGGGGUGGAAAACAUCCAAACAAUCCCAUUCUGGUGGCUGAUCAACCCAUGCCUGAUAAUAGACUUACUAGGUUGGCCUCAAUGAAAAAUAAUCCCAUGGAAGAUGACUAUAUAGCUGGUUUUUCUCCUUUUGUUAUGAGAGAUAUAAACUCAAAAUCGGCACAAUUGUGUAUAAGACCUGGCCAAGAAGUAAAGCACUGGAUGAGGAAAAAUCCAAAUGAAGUGAGAAGGAAGAAGAAAUAAAAUAAUUAUAAUAAGUAAAUA